AUGGGAAGCGACCCAUGGCGGACGGACGGGCGUCACGGAGCUGAGGGCGGUUAUGGGUACCGCCAGGACACGGGAGCGUACCGCUCGCCGGAGGAAGGCUAUCGCAGUCGCGAAGAGAGAAGUCGCGGGCGAGGCCUGGAGGAGUUCUUCUCAGGUCGCCAAGGCGAUCUUGACGUGGAUGGCGACGACGAGGCCAACUCGGCGAAUCGAGUGCGGGAGACGAACCGUGAUGGUGAGAUCAAGGGCGAUGACGAAUCCCCGGAGGAAGGCGCAGGCGAGCAGCGCGAAAAGCCCGCUGAAGUCGAGGACAAGGAUCCCGCGCAGGCGGGCGUGGCGGCGGAGCCGAGCACGGUGGAGGCGGACGGAAAGGGCGGUAGUCGAGAUCUGCCGCACGACGAAGAGAAAGGCGACGGCGGGGGGCGUGGCAGUGGCGCGCGCGCUUCAGAUUCGCGUCAGCAGCGUGACGAGGGACGUGGCGGCGGCGCGCGUUCGCCUGAUCCGCGCCUGAAUCGGGACGGAGGACGCAGCGGCAGUGCGCGCUCGCCAGAUCCGCGGAUGUACCGGGAAGGGGGGGCGUGUGGCGACACGCGCGCGCCGGAUCGGCGGCAGAACUAUGGCGGGGAAGGCGGUAGCGGCGCACGCUCACCAGACCCACGACGUCCGCACGGGAGCGAGAGGCAUAGAAGCGGCUAUCGCUCGCCAAUCCGCGGAGGUAUCACGACUGGAGAGGCGGAGGGGAGCGGCGCUCUCCAGGUCCCCGGUAUCCACGUGACGAGGGACGCGGAGGCGACUACCGCUCGCCUGGUCGGCAACGGUAUCAUGGAGAGAGAUGGGGAAGCGAGACGCAUUCGCCCGAGUGGCACAGGCGACCUGGAGAAAGCAGGGAAGGCGGACAUGGCUCGCGGCCACGGCAACAGAGCCGGGAAGGGGGGCGCGGCUAUGGGCAUCACUCACCUGAUCGGUACGGGCGGUAUGACGGAAGGCGUGCCAGUGAGGAAGGACGGGAUCAGCGCGGCAGCAGAGAAGGAGGCAGUGGGCUGA